AUGGCGACGACGACGACGACGGCGGACGCGGCGCGCGCGGCGGCGGGCGCGGCGCGGCGACUGCAGGAGACGUACUUCGCGGCGACGUCGAAAGCGAUCGCGCCCGAGCGGUGGUACCCGUACUGGUGGGCGCUGCCGCUCGCGCCGUACGGGAGCAAAGCGACGGCGCUCGCGGAGGCGGUGCCGGGGGAGGUGUGGACGUUCGAUCAGUUGCAAGGAUUGCUCGACGUGCUCGUCAACGUGCGAAUGACGGUGGCGCGACUGGAGGGGGGGGGGUUGUGGGUGCACAACCCGGUGGCGCCGACGAAGGAGCUGGUGGGGAUGGUGAAGGAGCUGGAGAAACGAUACGGCGCCGUGAAACACAUCGUCGUCGGGAGCGCGGCGAUCGAGCAUAAGAUUUACAGCGGGCCGUUCAGCAAGGCGUUUCCGAACGCCGACGUGUGGUUGCCGCCGAAGAAUUGGACGUUUCCGGUGGACGUGCCUCUGGAGACGUACGUGCCGUUUUACCCGCAAGGGUCGCCGAAGACGCUUCCGAUGCAAUCGAUCGGAGGCGAACAAAACGUGCCGUGGGCGAACGAGAUUGAACACGCCGUGCUGCAAGUCGGCGGCUCGUCCCUGCGCGGAUUCAAGGAUCCUUGGUUCGUCGACACCGCGUUUUAUUUGAAGCGCACGAAAACGGUCGUGCUCACGGAUGUCAUGGAAAAGGUGAGCCAACAAGCGCCGCCGGUGUGUCAAAUCAACCCGCAGCCGCUCUUGGUGCGCGCGAUGGAUGAGCCGGACAAGGUGCCGGCGAACACAUCGCAGGCGAGAAGCGACGGGUGGGGGAAAACCGUCUUGUUUGGUUUGCUCUUCAACCCGAACGCGGUGGAGUUUGAAUUUAGCGGAGACAUCGCCAACGAUUUGCUCGAUGGGUUCAAGUGGGAUCCGAGCUGGCGCGCCGAUUUCGACGCCCUCGUCGCCAAGCCGAUGUUUGUGCCGCCCAUUUUAGCCGUCUUGGCGUUCCCGCGUCGCCGCGACGAAGUCAAGCGUUGGUCGAACAUCGUCACCUCGUGGGAUUUCACGUCCAUCAUCCCGAGCCACCUCGACGGUCCCUUCAACGCGACGCCGGAUGAAUUCACCGCCGCCAUGGACUUUGCCUUGACGGCGACGCCGUACGAGCAAUUCGGCGCCAACGCGCAGAGCUUAAUCGACGUCGACAAAUUGAGCGUCGAUCUCAAGUCUCUCGAAGUGCCCAAGCCGUUGAGUCCGGAGCUCAUCACUCCUCCCAAACCAGCGCAGGAAGCGGUGGAAAUCGUCCUCGACGCCGCGUCGGAGCAAUAA